AUGUCUCUCUCAUUCUCUCUCUCUCUUUGCAUUAUCCUUCCCUCCCCCCUUCUCAAUCUAAUUCUCUCACCCUUUCCUUCUCUUUCGCUCUCCCCCUCUCUCUCCGCCUCUCUCUAUCAUUCUUACUCUAUCACUCCCACUCUCUCCUUCUCUCUUUCCUUCUCGGUCCCUGUCUAUCUCUCUCGCUCUCUCCUUUCCUCCUUAUCUCUCUACCUCUUUCAUUAUCUCGCCCUCGCUCUCUUCUUUUUCUCUCUUUGCUUCUCUCUCAUUCCUUCGCUUUCUCCCUAUCUCUCUCUCAUUCUCUCUCUCAUUCCUUCGCUUUCUCCCUAUCUCUCUCUCUCUCAUUCUCUCUCUCUCUCUCUCUCUCUCUCUCUCUCUCUCUCUCUCUCUCUCAAUACAGUUAACGUCAACGCAUUCAUUAUCUUCCAUUUGAGGCUUCCAAUAUUGCCCCCUGGUCCUAAUCAGGACCUUUUUAUUUCACAAGCACCCCUUUUUCUCUUCCCGCCUACCGCGUCCUUGCUCUAG